AUGUACCAAGUUUUCACGUUCCCUCAGUUCCCAGAGGAAAGGAUCUUCUUGUCAUACUUUACUAAUGUUGCAUCAGAUAACCUUGAGCAUAUAAAAAGUCAAUUAAUCAGUGCGAAUAAAGAAUAUGACUAUUGCUUCUUGAAUACAAAUCAUUUAGUCUCGUUGGAGCAUUUGAGAAGUGGGAUAUAUAGGGCUAUACUGAAUUAUUCUAACCUGUCAAUGAAAGCUAAAACAUUGAACACCGAAAUUAUAUUUAACCUCUCUCCUGUUAAUAAUAUUAUGGACUCUAUAAAAAGGUUCGGUGUGGAUUCAAACUGCUCUAAUGUCAUAGUGAUUAAAGUGCUAAAGGCUGGCGAGCCUGAAGAUGAAAGUUUUAAGAAUAUUAGUGAACUUUUCACAGGAGAGGUGGAGAGUAAAGAACUCACCGACAAUGUAUUAUUCUCACUUGUAGAUAUGCCAAGAUUUAAGAAGGUAUAUAAACUAAACGAUGCUGCCAUACAAGGUGAUGGUACUCAGGGUGUGUGGACCAGGUUGGCAGUUUCCGCAUGUCAAUUGAGAGGGUUAUAG